AUGGACAUUUUUCGUCGUAAAUCUAGGGAUGAAAGAGAAGCCGAAAAGAUCAAAUUGACCAAUGUAGAAAAGACCGACAAAUCUGAGAAGAAGAAAAGAAGAGAAAGAGAUCGUAAGAAUGGAGAGAGUGACAAGGAUGGAGAGAAGAAUAGAGAGGAAGGAACGGAGAAACUGGAGGAGAAGGAAGUCCCUGAAGGUAAGAAGAAAGAGAAGAAAGAAAAGAAGGUGAAGGAGAAGGAGAAGAAGGGGAAGGAGAAGAAGGGGAAAGAGAAGAAGGGGAAGAAGAAGAAGAGGAAGUCAGAUUCAGACGAAAGUGACAAAGAAUCUGUACCCGAAGUCGUGGCCGAUGAUGUUAAGAAGAAAGAGAAGAAGGAGAAGAAGAAGGAGGAGAAGAAGAAGAAUAAAAAGAGGAAACAUGAUUCAGAUGAAAAUGAUAAAGUAUCAGGACCCGAAAACGUAACUCGAACAGAAACUGAAAGUGAAAGGGAAACUGAAAGCGAGGAAGAAAGCGAUGAGGAGAUGGAAGAAGUUGAGGAGGUUGAGGAAGCGGAGAAGUCCAAGAUUGAGUCAGAGGAUGAGGAAGAGAAGGAAAAGUCGUAUAGUACCUCAGAGGAGGAGGAAGAACCCGAAGAUAGCGAAGAGGAGGUAGAAGGCAGUUGCAAGAAGAAAGAUGUUGAAGAUGAAUGUAAAGUAGUUGAUGAGUUAACACCAGAAUCGAGUGGAAUGGAGAAAGAUGAGAAGGUGAAGAAGGAGAAGGUGAGAAAGAAGGAGAAGGAGGAGAAGGAUGAGAAGGAGGAUGAGAAGGAGGAGGAGAAGGAGGAGGAGAAGGAGAAGGAUAAGGAAAAAGAGGAGAAGAAGGAGGAAGAGGAGGUGUCAGAAGGAGAAUCGGAGCAAAGUGCAGAAGAGGAAAGUAGAGACAAAGGUGGAAAAAAGAAAGCAAAGUCGAAUCUCGAGGUUAAGAUAUCUGAAGAGAAAUCUACCAAUGAAGAUAGCAAAUUGAAAAAGGAGAGGAAGCAUAAAUUGUCUGCAGCAUUUCUGAGAUUCAAGGAAAGGGGGAAAGAGAAGGAAAAUGGGAAACAGAAGUAG